AUGCCACCAAUGUUGCUAAAAUCUCGAGAAAGUUUCCUGUUCAAUAGCCAACCCGAUCACCUUCGACCGCUUUCCAUCAUUGCACCACCCAGUGGAUCUUGUAUUCAGAGUUGCAGCAGCUCAUCGCUUGGCUCUCUUUUGAUACCGAAGGAACUCAACAACAAUAGCAAUCAAGAAAAGUCCGGUUCCGAGACUCCGUCUUCCGCUUUUUCCUCUUUAUCCAAUCCAUCGUCGAGCAAUGAGGGUUCCGAAGCAUCAACCUCACCGAAUCGAGUCAUCGUUCGAAGUUCGGCUCCGAAAAAGCGAAAGGAAGUGGUCAAGGACGAGUCCUACUGGGAGAAGCGCAAGAAAAACAACGAUGCCGCAAAGCGAAGUCGAGAUCAACGAAGGAUAAAGGAAGACAAAGUGGCAAGUCGGGCGACGAGUUUGGACAGAGAAAACGCGAUAAUGAGAACUUGUUCACUGAUCAUUUUGGCUAUUCUAAUUUGUUGUGCUUUCUCGUGUCGUUACAAAGGGAACAGCUAUGUGAACAAUGAGACUUGGGAGGAAAAGGGAGCGUUCAAAAUGAAGUGCGUAAUCGAAUCAAAUGGCUCGUGGAGGACAGAAGUGAUCGGAUGUUUGACCCCAGAUGGAGUUGAUGUUCCUGUGAAUGGUCGAAAAGCUGUUGGAGAUCACGAAUGGGCUUGCGAGCAAACCGCCGAUGGGCACAUUUCGUUGAAACAAGAAAUGGGCAAAAAUGCCGAUUGUCCUGGUGGACGAAAGAGAGGUUCGACUUGGAUCGAUAAGUCUUUCGAAUUUCUUUGCGAAGAGGGCGGAAUGCCAAAAUUCGUUGGUUGCAUCACGAACACCGGAAUCCGAAUCGCUAAUGGAGAGACAAAGGAGCUAGCCGGAGGGAUUCUUGUCGAAUGCAAGCAAUAUCCAAAUGGUACAAUUACUUUGAAUGGUAUUGGGAAGAAAGCGAACGCUGAUUGCACGGAUUCCGAGGGCGGAAAACACAAAUUUGGUGAGAAAUGGAUUCAACGAAAGCACUUCCAAUUCACUUGCAAAUCCCACGGUGAAACACAAAUGAUCGGUUGUGUGAUUCCAGAAGGCCAAGUCAUUCCGUUGAACUCGAAAUGGACCGUCGGUUUGAUGGAAUAUCAG